GUCUGACUGUUCAGAUAUUAUGCUGGGAUAUAAAAUGAACGUCCCUAACGUCCAAUCGGUAUCAUCUCCUUGGAAGAUCCGCGGUGUAGCCCAAACGUCUCGGUGACAGCGCGACCUCGGCUUCGCUCCGACGCUCAGUUCCGUCAUCACAAGCCCACCCAUGUCUCACCCAUUAUUAUUGCAUCGCGGCGAGUAUCUAAAAUCACACGAUCCCUGUGCCUGGAUAUUCGGAGAUCUUUGGAAUACUUGAUACGCGACUCGCUCGAGAUCUUCAGAAUUCGUUGACAUCUUGCCCCGUUGUCUUCGCAUACCAAGAUCCAACAUUAUGUCCACUCUGAUCAAACCCCCACCAGUGGACGUCGAGAAGUCCAGGAUCGAGAAUGUUCUCGAGCUGACACAGUUAACCCCUAUUGACCCGGACCUCUAUACGAAUACCCGACCUUUAUGGCAUCCACCUGGUGCUCGAGGGAUCUAUGGCGGUGCCGUGAUCGCACAAUGUCUUGCUGCCGCCCAAAAGACCGUUCCUCCCGAUUUCUAUAUCCAUAGCAUGCACUGCUACUUCGUAUUGGCUGGAAACAGCAAUAUCCCGAUCAUCUACCAUGUCGAACACGUCCGAGAAGGCCGCAGCUUUUGUACUCGGACCGUCCAAGCGCGUCAGAAUGCGAAACCGAUCUUUACCACAACUAUGAGCUUCGCUCGAGAAGGAUCGGGUGGAAAGAAUGUUGUCAAGCAUGAGCAGAACAUGCCUACGGAUAUUGCUGAAAUGGGGCCGCCUCCCGAUGAUCACCAAGGAGACGAAACCGGAGGAGGGGAACAAAGUCCGUUCGUCAGUCAGAGGUUGAGGAUUUUGAACAAGGAAUCCAAUCCGCACGAGAAGAAGGUUCGCCAAUGGAUCAAAGCCCGGGGCAAAAUCUCACCGAAAGGAGGACAUGAAGCGCAUCUUUCCGCCCUCGCAUACAUGUCGGACUCCUACUUCAUCGGAACGAUUGCCCGAGUUCAUAACCUUUGGCGAUUCGCCCCCGGCCGGGAACGGAAACAACCGCCAUCUAUUGACGAGGAGACUUUGCGGAAGCUUCUGGCUGCGGAUGAGGAGACGAUCGAGAAGGUCAAGAACAUGCCCGGAGUCAACGCAAAAGUCCUCGAGAGUCUUCAGAAACCACGCGAAAAGCGUCCGGAAGUUGGCAUGAUGGUCAGCUUGGAUCAUACCAUCUAUUUCCAUCGUCCUCGAGAUUUCAUGGCCGACGAUUGGAUCUUAGCAGAGAUGGAGAGCCCUUGGGCGGGAGACGGAAGAGGUUUGGUGUUGCAAAAGAUGUACACCAAGGAUGGAAAGUUGAUUGCGACUUGUGUCCAAGAGGGUGUCGUAAGGUUACGGCCGGACUCUGAGAGCAAGCUUUGAUUGAUUUUCUCUGUUUGUUUGUGCAUAUAGAUCGGUGCGCAAUUUCCUUUUCCGAUAGACCAUCUGGGUAGAAUGGGGAGGAUGUGGGAUUGAACCGGCGUUGAAUAUAGAGGGAAUAUGUACUCUCACUAUCGCAAUAAGUUCCAAUCCUCAAAUCAUUGGUUUCGUAUCUCCCCACCAUGGCGAUUUUGUUAGAUGGUCAAGGCAGCGUUAGCAAGCAGGAAGAAUAUAAAGUCACCCGGGACAUGAAUUUCCCUCGAGCGUUCAUAAUUAUCGCCUCAGACGUGGACUUCGAGAGUCAAAAACACCUGGGGAAGAGCUUCUGAUACAUCCCAAGCUCCUA